UGAUAAAAAGGCUGCGCAGCGCGGGGACCGCUUUCUCGGUGCCCUGCCGGCAGCACUCCUCGACGGAGGGCAGCCUUAAGGGUGACAGGAGGGCUCCGGAGCCACUGCUGUGUGCAGUAGUUAAUCCUACUUGGCGAUCCUCAGGGUAGGAAGGGGACCGAGCCACAGCCUGGGUAUGGCCACCGCAGCGUGCGAGCCUGUGGCUAGACCCAGCCUGACCUCCAUUUCUUCCGGGGAGCUCCGCAGCCUGUGGACUUGCGACUGCGAACUGGCCUUGCUGCCCCUGUCGCAGUUGCUCCGCCUACAGCCUGGUACCUUCCAGCUGCGUGGCGAGCAGCUCGUGGUGCCCGGGCCUGGGGAGCCCACGGACGCGCGAGGGGGCUUCAAUGUCUUCGGGGACGGCCUAGUGAGCUUCGACGGGCAGGUCUACCGCCUCAGCAGCUACAUCAAGAGAUAUGUGGAACUGACCACCUACUCUGAUUAUAAAGACUACAGGGAAACGAUAUUGAGCAAGCCCAUGCUGUUCUUUACUAACGUGCAGACCAAGAAGGACACAUCCAAAGAAAGGACCUAUGCAUUUCUUGUGAACACAAGGCACCCCAAGAUAAGGAGGCAGAUAGAGCAAGGGAUGGACAUGGCCAUUUCCUCAGUGAUCGGAGAAAGCUACCGACUUCAGUUUGAUUUCCAGGAAGUCGUGCAGAAUUUUUUUCCUCCAGGUACUGAAGUGCUGAAUGGGCAGAACUUGAACUUUGCCUACGAAUUCAAGGCGGACGCCCUGUUCGAUUUCCUUUACUGGUUUGGGCUCAGCAAUUCCACCGUAAAAGUGCGCGGGAAGGUUCUGAACUUGACGAGCAUGAACCCCGAAAAGAAAGAAACAAUUAAGUUAUUUCUGGAAAAAAUGAGCGAACCUCUAAUCCGAAGGAGUAGUUUCUCUGACCGGAAGUUCAGUGUCACGUCUAGAGGUUCAAUCGAUGACGUUUUUAACUGCAACCUGUCACCCAGAUCAUCGGUUACAGAGCCACUUUUGGCAGGAUUAUCCUUUCCAAGUGUUCUGGAAUCUGAAGAGAAAUCCAGCGAGUUCAUCUGAUUGGUCUGAAGAUUCUAGCUGCCGCCCUUUGACAGGGGCCCUGAGGCAGACAGUGGGAUAUAGGGGUAAGAGGAGAGAGGAAGUGGGCACUUCCAUCCCUUUGCCAGCCCCUGGUCCUAUAAAGGCCCUUUCCCCAUUUCCCUGGGCAUGGUGCUCUGGCUGGCCAAGUGCACAUGCCUUCCAUCAGGAUUAUGAUUAUGGGAUGGAAGGGUUCUAUCCCUAUGGCACACAGUGCCAUUGACGUUGAACAUCUGAAGACUCUGAGGGAUUCUCAGGGGACUGCAGCCCUGAACUCUCUGGGAGGCACCUUACUGGGACCUUAACCCUGGUGCUUCAGUGGAUCACGGAUGCCCUCUGCUUGGAACUCACUUUUAGGCUCAGUGCCCAGCAGGCCUGGGUUAAGUCAUCUCUUGCAAGUGUGUUAGGCAAGGCUGGUACCAUAUUUCACUUGGAGACAAAUAUCGUUUUUAUUCCACCCAUGGGAAACCUCGAGGACAUUCAAGAUCCUGGCUGCUGGUGGAUCUGCAGGGUGCCAGGAUGAACCCUGACAGUAUGUAAAGCCAGGUGGCACAGCAAUCCAUCCGUGACAAGACCGUGUCCCCCUCCCUGCAGGCACACCAUGCGAGUUGGCGUUUGAAAUACGCUUUUAGCAGUCUUAACGCAAAAAGGAAAGUAAGCCAUUACCAAAGUGGAUGGAACCCCAGUGCACAUCCCGCCUUACAGCUAAAACGGGAUUCACUGAGAGGAAAGAUAUUAUCCAGUCUAUGUGUAAAUGCUUAUGUGAAUGGCCAGGCGAGGGACACACCUGCAAUCCCAGCACUUGGGAGCUGGAGGCAGGAGAAUCAGGAGUUCGAGAUCAUCCUCACUGCACAGGCAGCUCCAGGCCUAUCUGGGCUAUGGAAACAACAAAAGCUUUGCAAAUAGUCGCAGAAAGCCAGAUGUGUGGACCCUGAGUAUCGUUUUUCUCUACCCGUUAAUAACAUUCCCGUGCUCCAUAUUUUGAUAACACUACUUGCUGAUGGCCUGACGUUUGUAUCUGAAAUGCUAUCUAGUGCAUACGCACAAUUAAAACUUUCCUUGGCGCUCAA